AUGAGAAAAAAGGGGGUGGGAAAAGAAAAGGCCAGUACCUGUGUUGUGAAGCCCAAGAAAAACUAUGGGGCGGGCCUUGAAAUCGAAGUGCUAUUGGCACUGAAAUUUUCUCAACCGUUGGAUGGGAAUCAACCAAGCUCAAAGAUGGUGGUGAAGAUUCGAUUGGCAAGGCUCGGCUGCAGGAACCACCCAUUCUAUCGUGUGGUUGCCACUGACAGCAAAACACCAAGAGAUGGCAAGCAACUUGAAGUUUUGGGCUUCUACAAUCCUAUCUCAGGCAAGGAUGAAGAAAAUAUGCGUCUCAAACUAGAAAGAGUGAAGUAUUGGCUUUCUGUUGGAGCUCAGCCUACAGAAUCUGUCGAGUAUCUUCUAUUUCGAGCUGGUCUAGGACGUGAAGGUGGACCAUCUGAGAAAUUCUCUUUUGCUGCUCUUAACCAAGAGCAACCAACCGAAGCUGAUGACAGUAAAGAUAAUGGUACAUCUCCAGAAGCUAUAUUUUCUAUUGGCCUACAAUUUGCAAGAUGGUUUGAUGUAAGGAGCGUUUAUCCUGUUCUGCAUUAUGUACUUGCCAUACUUGCUAGAGACAUCUUCUGCCACUCUUCAUAG